AUGGGGGGUAGCAGUAGUGCGAGUAGUAGUGGUAGUCGUAGCAGUAGUAGUUCUAGUGGGAAUGUGAUGAUGAUGAUACGGAUGAUGAUUCGAGACGGUCUCGAGGAUGUAAAAAAGUACAUCGAAGAAACAACGAACAACAAAGAAGACUCGAAAACUAGUAUUCGAAACGCCGCGCUGGUGUUCGCGUGCACGUACCUCCUACAAAUGUACGUAUUUUCGACGACGAGAGCGAUGAGAAAUCCAACCGCGUUUCCUCAGCGAAGAUACUUUUUGGAAACGUUAGUGUACUUCAUCUUCGCGUUCCCGUUGGCGACUUUACAAGCCGCGUGGGUGCUCUUUUGGAUUAUAUUCUGGCAACUGUGUGGGAAGCCGCUGUGGAAGCCGACGUUUCCGCACAGGUUUAAAAAGAACACGACGUACGUGAACGAAAAGAAACGAAGAGAUAAGACUGAAAACGGGGACGAUCACGCGCACGUGAGUUUAUGCGGGGGAGGGUUUCGAACCUGGUACCAUUUAGGCGUGUAUUUUGGGUUGAGAGAUAACUUUGGCGAGACUGGAGUGGACGAUAUCGUCUUCGCGGGCGCCUCCAUCGGCGCGUUGGUCGCCGCGUUGGCGGGCGCAAACGUGAAACCUGAGGAAAUUUGGAAACAAAUCCCUCCAAUCGCGCACGAGUUUAGAGAACCAAUGGGGUUCAUUCAUAAUUUAACCAAUAUUGGACAGUAUUGCAGGUAUUUAUUGAACGCGUUGUUACCGGAAGACGCGCAUAAAAAGUGCAACGGGAGAGUGUUCUUAUCCGUCACCAAGUUGUUCCCGACGCCGCACAACGUCAUCAUCUCCGAGUGGCACUCGCGAGAGGAUUUGAUCAAUUGCGUUUUGGCGUGCGGAUACAUACCUGGCUGGACCUGGCCUGGGUUUUGCGUGUGGGACGGCAACAUCUGCGUCGACGGCGGCGUGACGAACAACUUACCCAGCUUACACGAAAACGCCUUGCGAGUAGGAUUAGACGAAGACGAUAUCAAACACUGGAACGCGGUUUUGUGCCCAUCCCAGGCGUUACCGAGGGUGAACACGUUCAUCCCAGCCGAUGACGAACACUUGACUGCCAUGGUCGAGGAAGGCAAAGACGAUUUCGAGGAUUGGUUGGACACUCCGGCGGGAGUUGAGUUCGCUUUGCGUCUCCACGGUAGGAAACGACACAAGAGAUAUUCCAUCGAAAUAGACCCGAACGUAGAGGGAUUCCAUAGAUAA